UUUAGUGUGCUUUUCCAACACAGUGAAUCAAGUGUGCACACUCAUUGUCCAGUCAUUUUCCACAUGGCCUGAAAAUAGCUGCUUAUAACUGUAUUUGCUUUGGUUUUUGUCCAAGCCCAAUCUUGUCUGUUUUAAUAUUGUAUAAAUGUUUUUUAAAGAUGGACAAGAUGGACAAUACCACUCUAAUACUGGACAAAAGACUACAGGGCAACUUACUUGCAGUUAACAGUAUUACAUUUUUUGAGAAGUCCUGCUCCACAUGUCUCAUGCUGCAUGCAAAUUUUUUUAGUUUAAACUGAUCAUUAAUUAAGUGAAAAAAGGGUGUGGAGGCAUUCAACUUUGAAUGAACUUUUUCACAUUCACAUUUCACAUACAUUUUUUCACUAACCUUAACCUUACCAUAGUUGUUACCAUGUGCAGGUAUUAUAGAAAGUGAGAUUUUGGAACUUUGGAAGUAAAUAACUGUCAAGGCUCACAAAGCUGGCUUUUGCAGGAUCGUCCAAUAAUGACAGGUGUCAGGUAACAGGGCCUUUGCUACAUGAACAACACACCACAGUGGUCAGUCUAAGUUGCAAAAAAACUGAAAGUUUACUGACAACCAACAACAGAACCAGAUAUUUGUUACUGCACACUUUCUAGUCUUGUACUUUAAUGUGCACACUAUGACCACCACAGCCAAUUUAAAUAUCAUAUUAACAUGUGAAGUACACACAUGCACUCAUCCUGUGUGUGUGAAAAAGACUUUAGAAUCUCAACAGUCCAGGGAGGAGAAUUUAUUUCAGAGGAAGUUGCUACAAUUUAUCCCUCCCCCUUACACACACUCAAAGACACAUGCGCUGACACACACACUCUCCUGUGAUACUUCCUUCCCUCAAAUGGCUAAUUUAUCAUGAAAUGAUCUGAACUCACUGUGAGUCAGACAGCUGUGGCCUUCAGAGUAAGACAAGAAGCAGAAGACUCUCUGUUGAUUUUCCUGUUAAUAUCUGAGAUAAAGAUGGAACCCACAAUAUAUGAUUACAGCGACGACGACCUGUACACACCUGUUACAGUAUGUGAAAGGGACAGUGACAACAAACUGGGAGCUCAUCUGUCCAUCCUCUUCUACUUCAUGUUUCUCUUCAGUCUCAUCGGCAAUGGGCUGGUUCUGGUCAUCAUCUAUCGGUUUGAGAAGCUGACCACUGUGACCAACAUCUUGCUGCUGAACCUGGUGGUUUCCUCUCUGAUCUUCAUGAGCAGCCUUCCCUUCAUGGGAGUUUACAUGCAGGUCUCUCAGUGGAUCUUCGGCACAGCCAUGUGCAAGAUUUUUUGGAGUGUCUACUACUUGGGCUUGUACAGUUCCGUCCUCUUUCUAACUCUUUUGACCUUCGACCGACACCUUGCAGUGGUGUACUCCUUGAGUUCAAUGCAAGUGAGGAAUCGAAAAUAUGCAGUAAUAUCCUGCAUUGUGGUGUGGCUAGUCAGCAUCCUGGUGUGCAUCAAGCGUGUGAUUCUCCACACCACUUAUUUUAAUUUUAUCGACAACAAAACAUAUUGUGAUGAAUAUCCUGGUGACUUAAACUCCUCUCAUGUGCAGCACCUGAGAACAGCUGGAUUUUAUAUUCAGAUUUUUCUUUUCUUGCUCUUCCCUCUGAUUGUUAUUAUCUACUGCUAUGUUAGGAUUGCUAUCACUGUCAUAUCAUCUAAAAUAGCCACUAAGUUCAAGACAGUCAGAUUAAUAUUCAUCAUUGUGCUGUUGUUUUUUAUGUGCUGGACCCCAUUCAACAUUGUAGAGCUGAUGUAUGAUAAAGUCACAACUUGUGAUGAAGUGAGCAAAUGGGGUUAUGCUCAUCAUGUUACUCGCAAUCUUGCCUACAUUUACUUUUGCAUCAGUCCUAUCUUCUACACAUUUGUUGGGAAAAAGUUUCAGAACUAUUUCAGACAGAUGCUGGUGAAACGUUUCCCAGGGUUAAAGAAGCAUAUUUCUGUCUCUCAACACAGCAGAACCAACACGUCCGCAAAGACUACACCCGUUGAUUUAUAGGAACGAGACGGCCUUUGUUUCUCAGGAUUGCCAUGUGUCUAAUAAAGCACUGGUUUAAAAACAGCUGAACAAACGAAAAACAAAUAGACACACAACUUUGCCAAUGGCAACCCAGUACUAUUGAGAAUUUUGUGCAUGUGAUACCAAUCGAUAUCUAAACUUGGGUUAGCUGCAUUGUUAGCCCUUCUCGAGCUACAGAGAGGAUGCACUGAAUUAAGCUGCCAAUGUUGUUGAAGCUCCUGUCGCCUCUUUAUUUGUCCUCAUGGCACAUAUAAAUGCAGAUUAAGGUGGAGUGAGUAGCUACUCAGUUAAAACAAGUAUCCGCUACAGAUAAAGUACUUUUCACAAGCGUGGUCAGAGUAAAAUGUGUCAAUAUCUGUUCUCAGUGUCUCUCAGUGCGAAGGAAUGUAAUCACUGGGUUGCUGACUGCAGUUUAAUCAUUCAAAUUUGUAAAAACUUGUAAAUAGUUUACUUUUGUGAUCAUGAGUAUUGACCUGAAACUCAAUCCUGAGGUUGUUCUAUAAAUAGUGUCUUAAUAAAUAAUAAAUAUAGUAAUUUUGGAUCAACCCAAAUUAGUCCCACCUAAUUGCGUUUUAAGCACAACUCACUGCCCAUUGCAAGAACAGAUCAUUUAGUUGGCUAAACUGGUACAGACACAGAUAAUGGUGUCUUCAACUAAACAGCUUUAUUAGGCUGAGCUAUCAGAGAAGAUGGUCUCCUACCAACCUUUGUGCCUUUUGAAGAAUAAGUAAAAGGUUUCUUUCCCUGAACUUUUCAGCGUGAUGUUCCAGGGCUUUGCAAGAUUUGUUCUUGUUUGACUUUUCUGUUACAAUUGCAUGUUUUCAUUGCUGGUAAAAUUUAUUGAUUAUAAAGACAACAUUAAGCAAGUUGAACAAAGUAAUGUAGCAUUUUUUUUCAAAACACACACCUUGCAUUCUUGCUGUAAAUCUUUGCUUGGACCAUUAUAUAAAAAGUGGCUUGCUAUGUAUAAUGACAAUACAGCCUUAACUCACGUAUGUUUAAUUUUGAUUGUCUCAAGCUGAUAUCCUACUGCAGUUGGAUUUAUGUCCUACCUUGUAGUUUUCCAUUGUUUUUCCUCUGCCCUUUCUCCCUCUCUCUGUGUCUGUGGAUGUGUGUGUGGUGCAUCUCCCCAUCAUCCAAUCCGGAGCUGAGCUGGGCGGUUCAGUCUCUCUCCUGCAUACCUGUUCGGCAUUCAGGACUGGCUUCUCCUCUCCAUCUUUGCCAGAUCGUCCCUGCUUCAUAGUGAUAGUAUGAGACCACAUGCACUCACCUGCCACCCGUCCACAUCUCUACUUCUGGGAGUUUAAGUUAGAUUCUUUGCUAGUUAGUUUUCACAGACUGAAUACCUGGUGUAAAUAUUUGAACCUAAGCUUCAGUAAAUUUCUGUUUUUGAACUUUU